AUGUCAUCGACCACCAGUAUGCCCACGUCGAGCCAAUGGUACGACCGUCACCGCAGAUGCAAGGAUGGCUGCUCGCACGAAGGGAAGCUUGAAUUGAUCACCUGGACAUCCACGGCUGGUGGGGACCGCAUGGGAUGGGGAAAUUGCCUAGCUUCCGAAUCCGACGAACUGAAAGAGAAAUUCGAGAAGGAAUUCAACUCCAACGAGGAGAAGAUGUACGAGUACUGGCCACAAGGUUUCCGGUGGACCUGUUGCGGAACGGAGGGAGAUCAGCGAUUCGGAUGUGACCACCAUGGAAACGGAAGCACGCCAUGUAGCUGCGAUUUUUGCAAGAUGGGCAAACCAAUUCCGGACUCCAUCUAUAAAAAUUGGAUAGAAUCUGCUGCCGGAAAGGGGCUGAGACUCUCUAGAGGUCCGGACCCAAGAAGCUUCAAUAGGAGCCAGGGCGGCAUAGCGGAGAUCAUGCGCUCGUCCUUGGGGAUACCUUAA